UCUGCAAGUCUUUCUCCUUUGGCAAAGGCUUUUGAGAAUCGGCGCGAAUCUUGGAGCAUCACGUGGUGGUGGACGAUGGCUUCGGUGUGCAUCAACAAUGUCGCAAUGUCGCCGGAGAAGUUUCUCGACUGUCCGCCUGUUCAACCUUCACACGGCUGGCUCAGUCCUAGCCUCUCAUUUAGCCGCGAUUUCGCCGAUGGUAACGGGAAGAAUGGCGGUGAGAAGUCCGAUCGGGAGGGUUCGGUGAUGGAUUUCGCCGAUUUUGAGUUCCGGCUCAAUGAUCCCGUAACGAUGAUGUCCGCAGACGAGCUUUUCGUGGACGGGAAGUUGGUUCCUCUGCAUCUCGUGCCGCUUCAGCCGGCAGCGGAGCCGGAGUUGGAGAUCAGAUCACCUGAUUCGAUGCAUUCGCGGUGUGUAGAAAAGGUUUCGGGAUCAGAUCAUCUUUACUCAUUUUCACCGAAGGCGCCGAGGUGUUCAGGUGUGUUGAAGGAACUGCUCUGUAUGAAGAGGGCACAGAGUACCGAUGCAGAGAGCCAGAAGACCGUGACGGCUUCUUCUAAGGUUUCCAAUGCCAAAUCUCUGAAACAUCUCCUUCGCCUGAACUCCAGAUCUCCCUCGAUCGACUCCAACCUGGGGUUUCAAACCCUUCGUGACACUGAUUACGAAUCGGUGUCCAUUUCAUCAGCUCGCGCCUCACUCUCUUCUUCUUCGUCCUCUGGUGCUGACCACGAGGAUGUUCCGCGUCUCUCCCUCGACUCCGAUAAGAUCACCCCGCUCCCCAUGUCUCCGUGCCGAAAUCGAUCGCGGGCUAGGGUAGCGAAGACUAGAUCACUGGCAUUCCGCCGGCCUUCUGAAUUGUCUGCGGGCGGUAAUAUUGCUGCCAUGCGGAUCGGUCUGAGUUCGACUCGAUGGGCUUCUGAAUCGGAUUUGGAAGGCCACGCCGCAUUCAGAGCCGGCCGCAGCAGCCUUAUGCUUCACUCGUCGGAAUCCGAUGAUCUACCUUCGCCGCUGAAACCUUUGAUGGACAGCCCGCGGCUCAAUGCAUCAGGGAAAGUUAUUUUCCAGGGGCUUGAAAGAAGCUCAAGCAGCCCAAACAUUUCCAAUGGCGAUCCGAGAUCUCGCCCUCGCGGAAUGGUGCGGUCUAGGUCAGCUAGCCUCAUGGUCACUCCCGUGCUUAAUGUUCCUUUUUGCAAUCUCCGCAGCACGGCCAAGCCCGCUUCGGUCUCAGGCUUCGGCCAACUCUUCUCGCACCCUAAAAGGGAGAAAGAUGGCUCAUCUGCAGCAAAGUACAGCAUCAGCAACUCAAAUAGCUUCUCCAAAACAAAAUGCGAGAAAUCGGUAACCCACGGGAUUUAACUAGAUAGAAAAAUCCCAAAUUAAAUCACUAAACUAGAAACAAUUCAAAAUUAACUCUAGUUUAGCUUUUUUUUUUUCUCCCCUUAAAUUUUUUCCAUGCGUUUGUUUCAGAAUCAGACUACCCUGCUUGCUAUUGAUAUAAAUAUUAGUCCUUUAGGUUGGAUUUUCAGUUCAUUUUUGUAAACACUUUUCCUCCCACCAUCGUUUUGCUCUGCUUCCAAAGCUCUUAUCUGUUUUGCUUGGACGCUGGUGGACAUAUUUGUAACAACAGAUGAAGCUGUUUGGGUUCUUUUGUUCACUCUCGGUUUGGCGAGAUUUAGCUUGGCAGA